UAGUCUCAAUUUGUGUUACGAUUUUGAAAUCAUGUACUGACGUACCGUUUUUAGUUGAUGCACGACUUGUUGAGUGACAUAAAACUAUCAUAUACAAAAUGGACACACCAGAAGAUAACACAGCUGUCAUCCGUAUGAAAAGGGACUUUGACAGCUUUCUGUCCAACACAAGUCGACAAGGACUUCCGCGGUUUGAUCUGGACCGGACCAUAGAUAUAUCCCCAAAUCAUUCUUCACAGUCAGCGGUUUCCAUUAAACUCCUGCUAGACAGGGAAAAAGAAGGAAGAUUGAAAGAUGCUGAAAUGGCUGCAGCUAAGAGCAAAAUUUUACAACUGCAAUCAGAGGUUGAUGAUAUAAGAACAUGUAGUAAAAGGGCAAAAAUCGAAAUGGAUUUGAACAUUGGUAACAUGAAAGGAGAAAGGGAGCGAGAAGAAGAAAUGUUGAAAGAAUUGAGAGCCAAGUUGAAGUACAUGUCUGACAAAGAGAAAAAUCUAAAGGAGGAUCUUGAAGCCUGUCGGGAGGAGUUGAAACAGAAGAAGGCAGAGUUUGAUACUCAGACAUUGGCCCAGCAGAAAGAGAAAGUGCAGAUGCAGCAGAUAUUGCAGCAGUUACGAGAUUCAUCAAAAACUAAAAUCUUUGAAUUGCAAAAUGACUUGAUGAAGUGCCAGACAGAAUUGAAGCAAGCCAAGAUGGAAGUAGAGGAAACAAAUGAACAGUUAAAAUUACAGUUGAGGAGAGCAGCUGAAUUAUCUAUAGAUUUGAAUGAGCUACAAGAAUACAAACAUACUGCUCAGCAGGCUGAACACAAGAUGAAGAUGCUAGAACAGCAGGUGAAUCGGAUGUCAGAAGAUGCUAAUAUGACACAGGCUAUGAAGAGUCAGAUCACCUCACUGCCUGCACUAGAGAAGGAAGUCAGGAAACUUCGUGAGGAAAAUGAGUACCUCAGGGGUACAAAUGAAAACAACCUCUUACUGAAAGAACAAGCAGAAAGUAUGAAAAAAAAGUUGGAGAGGUUAGAAAAGAGAUCGGAAGAGUUUGCAAAAAUGGAAGUUGAAAAUACGGAAAUGAAAUACCGCCUUGAGAAGUGGGAGUCUGUGGAUAGUGAUGGAGUAAGAAUACAAAACCCAGCCCAAAUGAGCCAAAGGAUAGCACAUUUACAAGAGAUGAAUGCUGUGCUACUGGAGAAACAGGGUGAACUGAAAAGCAGCUGCCACCUGGAGGAGGAAAACAGUCGAUGUAUUCAAUACAAGUACGAGAUGUUACAGAAACAACAUGAUCAGGACAAAAUUAAAUCUCAACACCUGAUGGAACAACUUAAACGCUUCCAACGAAAACUGCUCCUUUUCUCCAAGGAAAGAGAUGGGUACAAACAGAUAAUAGAUUCCUAUGAGAGUGAAUUGACCAGUAAUGUUGGGUCACUGACCACGAGUCGUAUUCAGCACCAGGAGGGAGUCAUUGAUGGUUACAGGAAACAGUUGGAAGUCCUAGAGGCUAACAUCAACAAGCUGACACAGGAGCUCACUGACUACAAAAUACAGGGCUGUCAUAAGACUACAUCAUCAACAACUGAUGGCAAUGGAGUGGUUCCCAAGUCUCAUGUAGACAAUACUGACCAGAAGAUUAUAUUACAGCUUAGAGAGAGAGUAGAAAAAUUAGAAAAGCAGCUGGAGAAGACAGAAGAGGAAAAAUUCAUUCUUGAAUCUAGAAUAGAACAGAGACACCUUCAGGGUGAUUAUGAUCCCUCUAAGACAAAGGUGCUACACUUCAGUAUGAAUCCAGUGGCAAUGGCGCAGGCAAAGAAGAAGGAAAUCAUUGCAGAAUUGACCGAAGAAAAUGAGAAAUUAAAACAUCGUCUGAAAUUGUUAGAAGAAUCUGAAGGCAAAGUGGAUGACCUGACCUUACAAGUACAACAUAAGAUGGAAGAACCUUGUUCUAGUAAAGAGCUGGAUGGUUUAAAAGAACAGUUGUCCAGAGAAGAGACAAAGAAUAAGAGACUGAUGGAAGUAUUUAAAAAGACAAGUCAGGAAUUUCGGGAGGUUUGUUAUCAGCUGACUGGCUACAAGAUUGACAUUUUAUCCUCCAAUCAGUACAAACUGACAAGUAUGUAUGCUGAAUCACCAGAGGAUUUCUUCCUCUUCCAGCAAAGUUCCAGUGGUGAAGUACAGAUGUUGGGAACUGACUUCUCAAACACACAGGAGGAAGCCAUAGAACUUUACCUAGCUAAACAGGACAGUAUUCCUGCCUUCCUCAGCAGUAUUACACUCAAUCUUUUCAGCAGGCAGACAAUGAUGGUAGGCUGACCUUCACCUGGUGACCUUGAUAGCCUUCCAACAUGUGCCAGCAGGCACUAGUGGUCAAUCAACACCAGAGGACUGAAUGACCUUCUCAAACAUUGGGCCUUUAAUUUCUCAAAUGUUACAUGGGUUUUACAGUACUCUUUUGAUGUUCACACAUUAGUAUACAGCUAAUGAUGAUUGGUUGACACAAAAGGAACAAUGUCACAAUGAGGCUGUCUUUCGCGGGCAGUCAACAGGCGUGGUCACAAAGGUGAAAGGACCUUCAAAGCUUCAUUGACUUCAAUCUGUGUGUGCCUUGUUAAAGCUGUUACUACUUAGUUAACAGGAUGUAUAUUUACUGCUGUAAUUUUGCAAAUUUCAAUCAAACAUCAAUAAAAACACAAAAUAUU